AUGGUUCCAAUCACUGGCAUGGUUCCAAUUGUAGCCAUGGUUCCAAUCGUUGCUAUGGUUCCGAUCGUCGCCAUGGUUCCAGGCGUUGCAAUGGUUCCAAUCAGUCAUGGUUCCAAUCGUUGCAGGGUUCCAAUCGUUGCCAUUAUUCCAAUCGUUACCAUGGUUCCAAUCGUUUCCAUGGUUCCAAUUGCUGUCAUGGUUCUAAUCGUUGCCAUGGUUCCAAUAGUUUCCAUGGUUCCAACUGCUGUCAUGGUUCCAAUCAUUGUCAUGGUUCCAAUCGUUGCCAUGGUUCCAAUCGUUGUCAUAAUUCCAAUCGUUGCCAUGGUUCCAAUCGUUGACAUGGUUCAAAUCACUGACAUGGUUCCAAUCGUUGCCAUAGUUCCAAUCGUUGCCAUAGUUCCAAUCGUUGCCAUGGUUCCGAUCGUUGCCAUGGUUCCAAUCGUUGACAUGGUUCAUAUCACUGAUAUGGUUCCAAUCGUUGCCAUGGUUCCAAUCGUUGCCAUGGUUGAGAUCAGUGGUACGGAACAAGGCAGUUAG